AUGGAGGCGCCACGAGGGCCAAGAGCUAACCGCUCCAAGAAGACUCUCCCGGCGGCUUUCUUCCCGUCCAAGGGCCGCCAUGUGUCGCCUCACACCGGCUCAGGUCGUGGUCUGGGAGAGAAGGCUGCGGGAUGGUCUCCAAGAACUCAUGGGGACACCGGGAGGCAACCACCGGGAGGUGACUCUCCGCCCGCACAAGGUCGCGACCUGAGCUGUGAGGACCUGACGCAGGCCGGCGAGGUCUCACAGGCUCCAAUCCGACACGACGCGCUGGUCUUCCUGUCGUCGUGCCCGCAACGCCACGGCCACUUUGCCAUCAAGAAGAUGCUCCACCCACCGACGCUUGAGCUUUUCUGCCUCAUCGAGAUCCCGGGCGCCGAGCACCAGCGCAAUGUUUUGAGGGCCUCCCUGCAGGAGUGGCUUUCUCGCUGGUGUGAGCUGCAGGUCAGCCACCCCGGGCUCCUCGUAGAGCUUCGAGAGGCGUUUUGGGAUGCCCCUCUGGGCUACCCAAUGGCCAUCCUGUGCGAGUACAUGCCACUGGGGUCACUGGAUGAUCUAAUCCAGGCCUGUGGAGGGCUUCCAGAGUUGGCCCUGCGCGAGAUCGCGCAGAUGGUGCUGGAGGCUCUGGACUUGCUGCAUUCCAUGGAGCCCCCGGUGGUCCAUGGCUGCCUCAAGCCGUCACAGGUUCUCUUCACCGCUUCUGGUAGCCCACGUCUGACCUUCGGCUUGGAGCAGCGUAUCAAGCACUCGCAGGUCGUCGCUGCUGCAUCAGGCGGUGUCCCCGUUGAUGCACCAGGUGCCGAAGCACACGUCGAGCAGUCCACAGCUGUGGACAUCUUUGACUUGGGGCUGCUCUUACUGGUGUCCGCUCUCGGCGGGAUGGACAUCCUACUUGGUGCCAUCCCCUAUGCCCGAAACCUCGGAUCGGAUCACCCGGUCUCUUCCCCCGGCUCCGGUACAGCUUCGCUGCUGCUCAAUGAGCUCCGUGGCUGUGCUACCCCCGAGGCUGCGGCAGCUGCGGCGGACAUGGGCUACUUGCCACCCGCUUCGGACCUCCUCUUCAACCGGCGUUUCUCAGGGCACUUCCUGGCGUUCGUCUCCACGUGCUUGGAGGCGCACACGCAGACUUCGCCGGUGACUGCCCGGGAUCUGCUUCAGCACGAGUUCCUCAGUGCUCCAGCGGACGGAGGUCCCCUGGUUUCUCUGCGCGAGAUGCAGGCCCUCUCCCGGAUACUCAACGAGGCACCGGAUCAGGACCCCAACCGCUUCGUCCCCGGUGGCCGGCCACAGGUCCCCGGUGUGGCCCCGAGCGUCGCCCAAAGUGCGCAGCUCUACUUAAUGAACAUCGCACAGUCCAUUGCGCCGUACUGCAACUGGUCGCUCAAUGGACUUACGCCGAGAACAGGGAUGGAUGGCACAAGCACCAGGCGGGAUGCAUCUGCGAGACGGCGUGGCUCCGCUUCCUGGGAGACCCUCUUAGCCGACUCAGCUCGUGCUUUGGGCUUGCCUCGGCAGACGGUUCUCUCGGCCCUUGAGGUUCAGCUGGAGCGACUUCGUCAAACCUCAGCGCGGUAG